GUCAAUUUAGAACAUGAUCAUCUGUUUUUGUUUGAAUGAGUGCUAUAGAAAAGAAAUCUUUUUAUUUUACAAAAAGCGAAACAAAAGAAUAAUUCCGUUUUUUUAAAAUUUUGCUUAUUGUUAUUAAAUAAUUGAUUGUAGGGCGUGUGUAAGAUUAUGGUUAUUAAUCUAGGUUUGUACGUGUUUGUGUAAUUUUGUUCUGUCGACAUAUGGUUGGUGUGUAUUUGAGUCGUUACAGUAUACCUUGACACAUAACUCACACACACACAAACACACACAGGCGCAUUCUUAUUUGUGUUCACACUUAACACAAUAAGGCGCUAUACACACAAAACAUAUUGAACAUAUCCACCGGUAAAUAAAAGUUGAUAUUACACCGGGAAAAUAAUUCUACUCUACUCUACUCAACUCAACUCUAAUUUUUUUUAAAAACUUUCUUCUGGAAUUAUAUUCAUCAAACUCUAAUUCAUACAAAACAAAGCCAAAAAUAUGGAUAAAACUGAAAUAAUAACAAAAACAGAUGAUACUACCGUAGUCAAACGUAAAAAAUCUAGCAAAUUCGGACGCUUUCUUUCCCAUUUAAAGCGUAAAUCACAUCAUACAUCAACUGCAACCACAACAUCUCUAUCAUCAGUUCAACAACCAUCAACAGCAAGUGUUUCUUCAAUAAAUACACAUCAUACACAUGGUUGUUCAACAUUUUCAAAUUGGUUUAAUAAAAACAAAGAGAAUGUUCAUGAUAAAAGAUCUACAGUUAAACAUAAAAAGUAUAAAGAAGUUCAAGGAACUGUUAUGAUGCUUCCUAUCAGAGCUGUUUUGCCCCAGUUUAUGACUCUUCAACUGUAUGAAUUCAAGUUUAUUGAAGAAACAGCUAUCUAA